CUUUUAUUGACACGGAUACAAUCACAACAAAUACACAGUACAUCUAAUUUGCACAAAGUUAUGACAGAUAUAGGAUGGGGCAACUUAGCCCAGUAUGAACAUUAUGGACGAGUUGGUGAUGUAGAAGAGGACUUUGAUAUAAUUUCUUAUGAAGAGUCAAAAGGAGAACUCUAUUCAUCAUUUAAACAUGCCUCUCAUGCCAUGUUAUUUGCUAGGAAUGAUACUGUACUCUGGGAUUUAUACAAAUCUAGAGCAGCUAUAAUGAUGCAAAUGAGAUUUGAUGGUUUACUUGGGUUUCCUGGUGGAUUGGUGGAUCCAGGUGAAAAUCCAUUGGAUGGAGUAAACAGGGAACUAGAGGAAGAAAUUGGCCUUGACCUUUGUAAACACAAACUCCAAGAUAGUAAUCAGGUUGUGUCUUUUGUGAACAAAAGCAAAAACUUAGUUUUGCAUUUUUAUGGAAAAGAAGUAACUCUAAACGAUUUUAGUGAGAUUGAAAUGAAAACUUUAUCUGCCCCUGAUUAUGGAAAUGAGACAUUAGGAAUGAUUCGUCCUCCCCUGUAUACAAUGGGAGAUGGGUACAGAGGACUGCCAGCAUUUCUGUCCAAUAGCUAUGCAGGAAAUUCAAGACAAGAGCUUCUGAUUGGACUACAACAUUUUAAAAUUUUAGAACAAGAUGAGAUUGAAAAGGCAGUGGAUGCUUGGAAGACAUUCAUGAAAACAAACAGACAAACAUGUGGACUAACUAAUACUGAUAGUUGAUGUUAUUAGAACAUUAGAGAACAAUAUUUUUUAUUGGGUUUUAGAAACUAUUGCUUGAUCAAUGACGGUGCAAUUUUAUAAGCAAAUUUGUGGGUAAUUAUUUUUCUUUCAAUGUCUCUUUAUCAGUUAUAUAUAUCCAAG